AUGCCAAAAGAAAAUAAAUCUACCUCUACACGUCCGGCACAAGAAAAUAAAUCAAAGAAUUCUACACAUCUGGCACGAGAGAAUAAAUCAAUCAGAAAUUCUUCACGUCUGGCACACAAAUCUUCAAUGUCGCGAAUCUCUAAAUCAACCACAAACAACAUCAAGUCUUCCAAGCCAAUUAAACUGAAACUUUUCUGCCUUGUGGAAGGAGAACCGGAAUUCUCAGUGAUCAUUCGUUCCGACCAAACUAUUGACGACUUAAAGGAUGCCAUUAAAGCAGAGAAUGAAAACACUUUUAAUGGUACCGAUGCGAAGGAUCUUAUUCUCAAGCUCAUCCCUAAUGGUUCAACAGUAGAGGAACUAUGCAAGUUUCCUAAAGAGUCACUCAAGGCCCUUGACAACGUACUUGAGAAACUCCACACUUACUUUCCUGACGAGGCAGCAGAUAAUCUCAUUUACAUUAUUGUUGAAGUACCGAAGCGAGAGAUCGAGAUCAGCUAG